AUGGGUAAUUGUCAAUGUAGAAAAUAUUUUGAUUCAGAUUAAUCUAACAACAAUAAUAUUUAAGAGAUAAUUAUAAAUGAGGAAUAAAAUGGAAAUAUGAAAGAAGAUAGUGAAAAGGAAUUAUUCAUAAAAAUAAAAACUUGGGCAUAAGAAUCAUUUUCUCUAUUUGAUUUUGAGAAUCAAAGUCAUUUAAAAGAAUAAAUAAUUGAGGUAUGUGGAUUAAUAAUAAUAAGAUAAGAUAAGGAGGUUAUUUAAUAAAAAAUAAUAACGAAUUGUAAUGGAUAGAUGAUGAUGUAGAUUGGAAUAAAUGUGUGAUAAAAUAGCAUUAAAUACUAUUCAGAAUAGAGAAAAUAAAUGGAGUGUUUACAAUAAUAAAUAAAAAGGGAGAAUGCAAAUAAAAUUAAUAAAAUUGGAAGUAAGAUUAAAUGGGAGUUGGCAAUAGAGAUUAUUAAUAAUCUGAAGAUUUAGAUUAAUUUGAAGGAGAAGAAUUUGAAUAGUCAUAAGAAUUGAUAAAAAGAAUAGGAUAAAAUAAUUAAGGAUUGAGUUAAAGUUAAAGAACAAAUACAAAAUUAUUAGAUAAGGGAAGUAGAAUAUGGUUAGUAGUUAGAUCAAUUUAAUAAAUGUUUAGUAUUGAAGGUAUAAAAUUAAAAUAAGGAGAUGUUAUAAAAUUUGGAAGAGUGAAAUUUAAAAUUAGGGAAAUUCAGUUAAAUAAGAAGAAAUAAUUGUAUAUUUAUAAUGUUUUUAUUCUUAGAUGUGAUUUAGAAUCAGCAAGAUCUAGUUAAUCUGAUGGUAUUUCAUGCAGAAUAUGUUGUAGUGGUUAAGAUAAUGAAUCAAACCCUUUAAUAAAUCCAUGUAAAUGUACUGGAUCAAUUAAAUAUAUCCAUCUUAAUUGUUUAAAGAAAUGGUUAAAAUUGAAAUUCUAAACUAAACAUAGUAAUCAUUGUAUGAUUUAUAUGUGGAAAAAUUUAGAAUGUGAAAUAUGUAAAUUUAAUUAUCCUCCAAUUUUUAAAAGUGAUGAUCAUGUUUUUGAUUUAAUUGAUUUAAGUAAACCUGUAGAUUAACCUUAUAUUUUAAUGGAAAUGAUUUAGAAACAUUAAGUAAAUAUUUAAAAAAAUCAUUUAGGAUUCAAAAGUUCAUAAAAAUAAUUAAGAUUCUUCUUGGGCUCAAUGUAAUGGAGUUUAUAUCGUGACUUUUAAUAAUAAUAGUGAUGAUAAAGUAGUAAAAGCUAAUGAAUUAUAAAUUGGAAGAGCCUAUGAUACUGAAAUCAGAAUUAAUGAUAUAUCUGUUAGUAGAAAUCAUGGAACUCUUAAAUUAAAUGAUGGAAAUGUAUAUUUGACAGAUAAUAGUUCCAAAUUUGGAUCAUUGAUAUUAAUGUAAUAAAAAGUCAUACCAUUGAAUAAUCAUUUAAAUGGAAUUGAAAUUUAAGUUGGAAGAAGUAUUUUGUAGUUCAAUCUUGGAAAAUGUUCAUCUCAUUAUGCUUAACCUAAUAAAUAAUAAUUUUUAGAUUCUGAUAUUUUUGAGUAAUCUAUAUGAUUCUAAUAUAAGGAAAAUUGUUGGCCAAGAUUUACAAGAUGAAGAUCUACUUUAUCUUUGA